AUGAGCGUUGAAGGUAUCUUUCCGGACGUGGUUGGACUUUCAUAUCGGUCUGGGGCCGAGACAGGCGUCACCACCAACGAAUUCAAGUUUCGUUUUGAGCCAGGAAUAACAGUCACAUUCUCUAUCGGUGACCUCGUCCUUGGGGAGUGUCAUGGCAAGGCAUUGGUCUCCAUCUUUGACCUUGUCCCUCCUGGGACCCCAGCGCUUGAUCCAAAAGUGGUGAACCGGGCAAGACUGCUCUUUAGCCUUUCCCUGGGCCAGGGAUUCGAGAAGCCGAUCAUCAUUGACGAGCAGGCUCGAGAGGCUUUGUCCGAAUAUGCUCGGAUGGUUUACCUGAACUGCAACAACACGUCCGAUCUGGACAAUGCACUGUUCUGCAUAUCUAGCAAGCUCGUGCUGAGAGACCUUCACAUCCCAACCCGCGACGGAGCUGGUAUCCUCGGCGACGUUUAUCUACCCCUUCAGUAUCGAAAACAAUUCCCCGUUCUGAUGAGUUGCACGAUUUAUGGACGACGGGUCUUUUACUCCGGCCCCAACCUCGACGAUGAGGACGAUAUAGCCGCGUUUGAAAGGGCCGAGGAUGAGUGGCAUUCGACCGCAGAAAGUACUCCCGUUCGCGUCCCACGGGGCUCGUGGGGCCCCUCAUGGGAGGCGCAGAGAGGCUUCGAGAACAUUGCAACGUUCAACACAUUCACCUACGUGCCGCAUGGAUACGCCAUGGUGAAGAUUGAUCCCAGGGGCGUGUCGCAGACUCCGGGGACAAGAGGAGUGCCGGGCCAGCUGACGAACGACUUUCAAUGGACAGUUGCGCUGGUUGGCAGUUCAUAUGGCGCCAAUGUGCUGUGGAACGUUGCGAGCUUGAGACCCAAAGGAUUGAAGUGUUUCGUACCCUAUGCGUCUGAUAUCGAUCCGUAUCGCGAUGCUGCCUAUAUCGGUGGCGUGCCGGGCAUCCCUUAUAUCACUGAUUGGUAUCGUCGGGUUCGACUGUGCUCGCCCAAGUGGACUGACCAUGUAGACCUGUUGAAUGUGAUGAAAAGUCACCCCUUUUACGACGGGCUGUGGGAUACGAUGAAAUCGAAUCACGGGCCCGUGGAUCUCCCUUGCUUCCUUGCUGCAUCUCAGCUCUUCAUGAUCCAUGGUCGAGCUGCCUACGAGGCGUGGCGCAUCCGCAACCCUGCGAACACCCAUCUCCAGCUCGUUGAUUCCAAUUAUUACCCAUUACCGAGCCGCGAAGCAGCAGGGAAGAUCCUGCAGUUCCUGGAUCACUAUCUAAAAGGAACACAGAACCCGACGCCGGAAAGAGUUGGCAUUCAAAUGCGGCUCGGUCACGGCCAGUGGUGCUGGAGGAAGGAGACCAAUUGGCAUGUUCCCGGCACUCAAUACACUCAAUGGCACCUCCAGGCUGACGGUACCCUGGCACGGGAGGAGGAAGCAGCGCAAAAUACGCAAGAGCAGCAAUUUACCUAUGCCGCCCGUGUUUGGCCCGAUGGCCGGUCCGGAGCGAGCUUUCGCUCUGCCCCGUUCGAAAACGACGUGGAUGUCGCUGGUCAUUUCAAAGCCGUGUUGAGCGUUUCUGCAAGCUCGCCGGACGCAGACUUUGUGGUCAUGUUGUGGGCUGAGGAUGAAGAAGGAUGCGUGGUACCCUACAGUGCGAAAGGGGAGCUGGAGCCACUCGCCAAAGGCUUCCUUCGCGCCAGCCAUCGACAGCUUGAUCCGCUGAGAAGCACACCUGAGCGACCCUGGCAUACGCAUACGGCACAGGACAACGCGCCGCUACAGGCAAACGAGAUCGUCCAGCUCGAGAUCGAGAUUUUCCCGGCGGCCGCCCGAAUCCGCAAAGGGUGGAAGCUUCGCGUGGACAUUUGUCCUUCCGAGGACCAGCCAGAUAUUCCUGGAUAUGAGCCUGUCAAGAUGCGGGAAUUCUAUGGGGAGGUGGACGAUGAUGAACAGGCAACCAAUUCCAUCCAUGUUGGCGCGGGGCGGCCAAACUACAUUGUCUGCCCUGCCGUCCCGCGAGAGGAAGGCUAUCCCAAUCUUAUGCAGUGA